AUGACCUCUGCAAAGGGAGAGACCACCAACAUCACAACACUGACGACUCACUUCACCUCCACAGCGAACUCAACACCCUCGUGUUCUGAGGAUCAGUGCCACUGCAAUGGGUAUCCUUGCUUUUUCAACGAAACCUCUAGCAGCUGCCAGUGCAAAUGUUCAAACUUAACAUUCGGAGAUUCCUGCAUAUUCGGGAACGACAACACGCCUAUAAACAUUGAUAGCGAAACAGUGCCAACUAGAAGAGUAAACAUCUCACUGAGAAUCAUGAAGAAUUUUAUCCCUGAAUUUGAAAAUAUCAACUCCACCCAAUCAAAAAAUUUUAUCAAUACCUUAACACAGCAGCUGGAGACUCUCUGUAAAAAAGCCGACUCACAAAAUUUUAAAGGGGUGAAAAUCAUAGCUCUUAGGAAUGGAAGUAUCAUUGCCGACAGCGUGGCACAGUACAGCUAUUCUAACAGCGAAUCACAAAUUUCCUUCGUCAACAAUGACCUGCCGUCUGUGUUAACAGCAAUUUUUAACAACACAGAGAACCUCAGAAACUUGACUAUAUCAGACCUGCAGCCCUUCAUCUCCUGCCGCCUGGGCUUUGCCAACUAUACCCAGAUGGUGAUUGACGGGAAGUGGGAAUGUGUGGGACCCUGUGUGACAAACCCAGACUACUGCCACCAGCACGGACAGUGCUUUAACAUACAGUCUGGACCCACAUGCAGGUGCGACGAGUCUCCGCUGGAGCAGUACUACGGCCCGCAGUGCGAGCUGUUCCGUCGCGGCCCCGGCUUCUACGGCGUGCUCUUCGGCGUGCUUGCAGCCGGACUGCUCUUCCUCACCGCUCUCGUUGUGGUCGUUGUCGACCUGAUUGGCAGAGCCGCAGGCCCCGCAGGAUUGCCCGGGAAAGCUGGGGGGUACAACCUGGGCAACAACCUCACCUUUGCCAAUGAGACCCCCUCGGGAGUUUUCAGACCUCUCCCAGACGACGCUUACACACCAUCAAACUGUGUGAGGAAUGGGGUGCAGCUGGGGCCUCCCGGGAUGAACCCCUAA